AGUAAUGCGGUGCAGGCCGUGGCGAUUGUAACAAGUCGGCCGGACGCGAGGCUGUCUCUGGCUCAAUACCUCGAUUAGUUUUCAAUGCUUCCGACGUUUUUCAAUGAAAAACUUAGUUAUUUUAAGUGUUGAGUGAUUUAAAAUUGUAAAUCUUUUGAAAUGCGCCGAAAUGUCAAAGUGCUUAUCGUUUUAUCCGCCGCCUGGUUAUUUGUUGUUGUAUUUUAUCUACAAAAUAAUAGAGAACUUAAGGGUGAAAAUAAGGCCUUGAGGCUGAAAGAGGGCCUGACGAUGUCGUCGUAUAUCCAACAAGAAGACAACGCCAUUGGUCCAGGUGUACCGAUGGCGCUUCAAAGUUUGGAAACAACCGACGGUCGUUUGGCAUGGAACUAUUUCGACGAAAGCGCUUACGUUUCCAAAGGUCGGCUACGUAAAGGCGAAGACCCGUAUGGUAGAAACAAAUUUAAUCAACAAGCCAGUGAUAAUUUAUCGAGUAAUAGAGAAGUACCAGAUACUCGGAAUGCCAUGUGUCGUAGAAAAACUUACAAUACCGAAGAGCUUCCUGCUACCUCAGUCAUAAUUACUUUUCACAACGAAGCCAGAUCUACCUUAUUAAGAACUGUUGUUAGCGUCCUGAAUAGGAGUCCGGAACAUCUAAUUAAGGAAAUUAUUCUAGUAGAUGACUUCAGUGACAACCCAUCUGAUGGAGAAGAAUUGGCGAAAAUUCAAAAAGUUCGUGUUAUUCGAAAUGAGAAAAGAGAAGGAUUGAUGAGGUCGAGAGUUAAAGGUGCUGACGCUGCUACGGCAUCUGUAUUGACAUUUUUAGAUAGUCAUUGCGAGUGUAACGUGGAUUGGUUGGAACCUCUACUUGAAAGAGUUAUGGAGGAUCCUACUAGAGUUGUUUGUCCUGUGAUAGAUGUUAUAAGUAUGGACACAUUUCAAUAUAUCGGUGCUUCCGCUGACUUACGUGGCGGUUUUGAUUGGAAUCUAGUCUUCAAAUGGGAAUAUUUGAGUUAUGCCGAGAGAGAAAAUAGACAGAGUGAUCCAACGCAGCCUAUAAGGACACCAAUGAUAGCCGGUGGACUAUUUGUCAUAAACAAAGAUUAUUUCGAAAAGCUAGGAAAGUACGACAUGAAAAUGGAUGUAUGGGGAGGAGAAAAUUUAGAAAUCUCAUUUAGAGUAUGGCAGUGCGGUGGAAGCUUGGAAAUCAUUCCAUGCAGUAGAGUUGGUCACGUAUUCCGAAAAAGACAUCCAUAUACUUUUCCAGGCGGUAGUGGUACCGUAUUUGCCAGAAACACGAGACGUGCCGCCGAAGUUUGGAUGGAUGAAUAUAAAAAUUAUUAUUACGCUUCAGUUCCUCUAGCCAAAAGUGUUUCAUAUGGAGAUAUCAGCGAUCGCCUAGAACUGAAAACUAGACUUCAAUGUAAACCAUUUAAAUGGUAUUUGAAAAAUGUUUAUCCAGAAUUAGCGGUGCCUCAAGCCACUACCUCACAUGUCGGCCAAAUACGCCAAGGUGCCUUCUGUUUGGAUUCGAUGGGACACCAGCUAGAUGGUAUCGUAGCUUUGUACCAAUGCCAUCAUACUGGUGGUAAUCAAGAAUGGGGAUUGACUAACACAGGCCUUAUUAGACACCACGAUCUAUGUUUGACGCUGAUCAAUUUCAAUAAAGUAGGCUCCCAAGUAAUAAUGCGCAUAUGCGAUGGUUCAGAUGAACAGAAGUGGCAUCUCAUAUCACCGGACGGCCUCCUCCGAAAUUCAAGAUAUCCGUUAUGCUUAGAUUCCCGAUAUACGGACGUAAGAGGCAUAACAGCAGAAAGAUGCAGUAGUAGUCUCGAAACACAAAGGUGGCAGCUGACAGAACGAGCUUAGGAUUUAAAAAUAAAUAAAUGAGUGAGAUUUUUGUAACAAACAAAUAAUCUUAUGUCCUUUGUUCAUUUUAAUAACAGAACAAAUGCGUCCAUUCCUGAAUUAUUCGAAAUUUAAAAUAAGUAUUAGGCAGAGAGCACUGAAUUUUGAUUUUUUUCAUUUAUCGUCGACAAAACAUUACUGUAAAAGAAAUUCCAUAAAAUACUUUUACAUUAUCAACCUUUUCAUUUACCAUUUCGUUACCAAGUGCAACAUUGCCAAAUUGAUAUUUAUUUUAAAGUAUUUUCUAUUUGUAAGUAGGUAAUUGAUCAUAAAAUCAUAAUAUUGGCUUCUUAUAACACAUUAUCCGUACCACUCCUCUAUAAAUAUUUCUAGUUUUUUACCUCGUUUAGCAAAUCAAAAAAAAAUUCAUUAAAACUCCGCAAUCAGUUUCAACAUAUUUAACAAUAUUAAUUUUGAAUGCUUACAGAAGAAUGACUUGAAAUUUGAUUUCUUUCAUGGUCUUUCCCAUUCCACUUAGUCCCAUGUGUUACCAUUAUAAAUCUCAGUGUAAUGGAUUAUGGAGCAUUUUGAGUAUGACGUCAAUAAUAACAAAUGGCAAAACAAAAAAAUAGAGCAAAAUUUUGGAAUCUUCACAGUGAAUAUUUAUAAUUAUUAGGUAAUUUGAAGAACUGUCGACUUCUACUCAAAUAUUCCUUACCGCAUCGAAUAAAAUUUUCACGGUUUUAUAAUUUUGCUAAUUAUCUACACUUCAACUCACCUCUUGACAUGGUUG